AUGUCAACAACAGGUGUUAUGGAGUUGAGCAGGCAACUCUGUUUAAAAAUGAGGAAAAAUAAGGGGGUCCGAAGCUCGACCCCUCCUGCCUCCAUUCCAGGCUUGGAAAUUCAGUUUUACUCUCAUGGGCCCAAGCUGCAGUACUCCCCAGGAUGCUACAUCGCUGAGGAUAUAUGUAUGGCAGCAGCUAAGCAUUGCUCAAUCACUCCUUUGUGCCACAAUUUGUUUGCCCUGUACGAUGAAACAACUGGUGUUUGGUACCCGCCCAGCUACGAGUUCAAGGUCACAGAUGAAACCAAUCUCAAGUUACACUAUCGUAUGAGGUUUUAUUUCAGGAACUGGCAUGGCACCGCUGAAGGAGAGUCGCCAGUUUGGAGGCACUGCAUCAGUAAACUCAGAGGGCAGGGCAAUCAGAAAACCCCAGAGGGAACACCUCUUUUUGAUGGUGGUUCUUUGGAUUACCUGUUUGAACAGGCUAAGCAUGACUUUAAGAUGGGAAUGGUUCCACUGAGAAACGUCCAGUCAGAGACAGAGCAGCAUGAAAUCGAAAACGAGUGCUUAGGGAUGGCUGUGCUCGCCAUCACUCACAACGCCUUGGCCACAAAUACGCCUAUGUCCACCAUAUAUCGUGAUUACAGUUACAAAGACUUCAUCCCAGAAUCCCUGAACCGCAACAUUAAACAGCGCAACAUUUUGACUCGCGUCCGGAUCAACAACGUGUUCAAGAAAUUCCUCUGUGACUUCAACAAUGGGACAGUUCAGGAGAGCAACAUUACAACCUAUGACCUGAAGAUCAAGUACCUGGCUACGCUGGAGGGUUUGACCAGUGGCCUUGGCAGUGAGCUCAUUGAGCCCACCACGCUCAGUGUGGUGCAGGAGGAAGAGCCCUGCAACGGUUACUAUGGGUACUCUAAUCCGAGUCAGGGGCAGACUCAGAGUCAGAAUAUCCAGGAAAGCUGUGACAUGCAAGUUCUUGUUACUGGCAUUACUGGCAUUUCUUGGAGGAAGAAACCAAUUAUAGAGUCGACAAUGUCCAAAGAGAAUAAAAAGACAAAGAAGAACAAGCAAGACGGCAAACAGAAAAACGACAAGAAGACCAAAGCAAGCGAGGGCUGGGUGGUAUUCUGUGACUUCUACGAGAUCACACAUACAGUCAUCAAAGAGAAAACAGUCACCAUCAAAAGCCAGGACAACAAGAAGAUGGUGGUACAAUUGGCUUCCAGCCCAGAAGCGCUGUCCUUUGCGGCCCUUGUGGAUGGGUACUUCAGGCUCACUGUAGAUGCCCAUCACUACCUGUGCAAGGAAGUUGCUCCAGCAUCUGUGGUGAACAAUAUUAGGGAUGGCUGCCAUGGUCCUAUUUGUACGGAGUACGCUAUCCAAAGGCUGCGUCAGGAGGGCAAUGAAGACGGGUCCUACGUGCUCCGCUGGAGUUGCACCAACUUUGAGUUCAUUAUCAUAACCGUCGUCUGUAAUGAGAUUGAUUUGAAGGAGUCUCGCCCUGUGCGUCAAUACAAGAACUUCCAGAUUCAGGUGGAUAAGAAUGGUUUCCGUCUACAUGGCACUGAUGCAUUACAGCCGAGCCUGAAGGAGCUGCUGGAGCAUCUACAAGGCCAGACUCUUCGCACCGACAACCUCCAGUUCCAUCUGCUUCGCUGUUGCCCUCCUCAGCCAAGAGAGGUUUCUAACCUCCUGGUGGUGACCAAAGAGAGAGCAAUCACAAACCAGACACCAACUCAGGAGAGUCAGCUUAGCUUCAUUCGCAUUCUCAAGGAGGAUAUUCAACAGGAUGAGCAUCUUGGAACUGGAACGAAAACAAACAUCUACUCAGGCAACCUGAGGGCGAAGAAUGAGGAGGACGAGGAUGUGGGUUACACAUCCUUCCAGGAAGUCAAGGUUGUUCUGAAGGUGCUGGGCUCUGGACAUCGGGAUAUCUCCUUGGCUUUCUUUGAAACCGCCAGCAUGAUGAGACAAGUAUCUCACAAACACAUUGUGCUGCUUUAUGGAGUGUGUGUCCACCAUCAGGAAAAUAUCAUGGUGGAGGAGUUUGUCCAACUCGGACCGCUGGAUGUAUUUAUGAAGAGACAGCAGAGUCUCAGCACACCAUGGAAGUUCCAGGUGGCCAAACAGCUGGCCUCAGCGUUGAGCUACCUGGAGGAUAAAAAGCUUGUCCACGGCUACGUGUGCGCUAAGAACAUUUUGCUGGCCAGAGAUGGACUGGACGCAGAUGAAGGAGGACCUUUCAUCAAGCUCAGUGACCCGGGGAUACCCAUCACAGUUCUCACCAGAGAGGAGUGUGUCCAUCGUAUCCCGUGGAUCGCUCCCGAAUGCGUGAAGAGCGUCUCGUCUCUGAGUGUGGCAGCAGACAAAUGGGGGUUCGGUACAACCCUGUGGGAGAUCUGCUACGACGGAGAAGUUCCCCUCAAACAAAAGAAACUCACAGAGAAGGAGAGAUUUUACGAAACCGAGUGUCAGCUGGUCACUCCAGACUGCACGGAGCUGGCCAAACUCAUGACCGACUGCAUGAACUACGACCCCAAGAAGAGACCUUUCUUCAGAGCCAUCGUCAGAGAGCUGGACGAUCUCCUGCCAAAUUUACUUAUUACAAAACCCCAUACAGAGGUGGUGGACCCAACCAGGUUUGAGAAGAGAUUCCUGAAGAAAAUCAGAGACCUGGGAGAGGGCCACUUUGGCAAAGUGGAGCUGUGCCGCUACGAUCCACGGGGAGACCGGACCGGAGAGUUGGUGGCGGUGAAGUCGCUGAAGCCCGACAACAAAGAGGAGCAGAGCAGCCUGUCCAGAGAAAUCGACAUCCUGAAGGCUCUGUACCAUGAAAACAUCGUCAAAUACAAGGGCAUCUGCGAAGAAGGGGAUCAGGCCUUUAAGCUGAUCAUGGAGUAUCUACCCAUGGGAAGUCUGAAGGAGUAUCUACCCAGACACAAAAGCAGGACCAGCCUCAGCAUGCUGCUGAGCUACUGCAUCCAGAUAUGCAAGGGAAUGGAGUAUUUGGGAUCCCGAAAUUACAUCCACAGGGACCUGGCAGCCCGAAACGUGCUGGUGGAGAAUGAGAGGACGGUGAAGAUCGGAGACUUCGGCUUGACGAAGAGCAUCAAAGACAACGAAGGCUACUACAAGGUGCAGGAUGACCACGACAGCCCCGUUUUCUGGUACGCUCUGGAGUGUCUGACCACAUGCAAGUUUUACCUGGCCUCUGACGUUUGGUCCUUCGGCGUGACGAUGUAUGAAAUCAUCACUUACUGCGACUCCUCCAAGAGUCCCAUGACGCGCUUCUUUGAUAUGAUUGGUCGAAGUCAAGGUCAGAUGACCAUCCUCCGACUGGUCAAAGUGUUGCAGGAGGGGAGGAGACUGCCGCGUCCUGAGGGCUGCUCUGAGGCGGUGUACGAGCUGAUGAGGAAGUGCUGGGACCAGUCGCCUGAGAGGAGAAUCACUUUCAAGCGUCUGAUCGAGGAGCUGUCCAUCUUACUGCAGCAGCUGCAGCCCAACAUGGAGCUGUAAACGUUCCCGCCUCCGGGACGCAGAUUCACGUAGCCACCUGCAGACGCCACAAGUGACCCCCAGAUCUGCUCGUGCAGCUUCAGUGCACCUCCUUCCUCGCUCUGCUGUCCUUAACAACCAACAAGGAGCUAAGAAAACACAAAAAGGACCCCCAUCCUAAGCCACAUUUUAGUUUUCCUUGUUUUAAAAUGUGCUUUUAUUUUUGUUGGUAGUGUUGUGAUAUUCCAUUCCAAGUGGAACUUUCAUCCAUAUUAUAUGUGACCUGAAACUUUACAGGAAGCUUAGCGGUCAAGCGUCCUACGAAGCUCUUUAGACCCACAAACAUGUGUGGCUGGCGUGGACGCUCACGCUCUGAUAUCACGCUGGAAAGGAGAACGAAUGAACUUGGAGGAGGCCGCUUCAGAAAAGCGUGCUGCUUUUUUAUAGACUCCUCAUCCUGGGAGAGCUGCCUAACCUGCCUUUUUUUUUCUUAAAUAUAAUCAAAAGGUGGCCAUAUAUUAAUGUCAUGUGUGUAUUCAUGAUGUGUGAAUGCAGCCAACCGGGAGGCGCCAGUAUCAGUCAGCAUUCCCUCCGUGUUUCAGUCGGGCUGACGCUCACCAGCACCAACCGUGCAAACUGGGGGGUUUUGAACUCAACAGCAAUUGAAAGACUUCAGUGUAGCUUUAGGAAGUGGAGACGUUUGUCCCCAAAGAAGAUGAAGCAAAACAUGUAAGGACUUUUAGAAUACUUUCAUUGUUAGCAUUGUUUUAGCUGCUUUUGCACAUUAUCAGGUUUCUUCUACUCUUUUGGUUUAUAAUCCCGUCUGAGUAUUUACCUGUUCAUUUAAAUGAUCCACAUACUCUGACGAGCAGAAUAGCUUCACAGCGCCACCUUCAAACAUGUCCCCCCCCCCCACUGUAAAGAAACAGCUGCACUGCUGGUACAAUAGCUUCUCAUGUUUAUCUCAUGUAAUGCAACAAGUUAUAUAGUUCACCUUACAUUUUUUUAAUGAAUGUAUUCAGGAUUCGUUGCGGCAUGAGGUUUGUGUUGUGGUUUUUUAAUCUCCGUCAUGCGACUGUGAAAGUUGGUGAAACAUCAACAAGGCUUUGUCCAGAAAGAUGCACUUCAAAGGUUUAUUCAGAAGUGUUAAAGACUGACCUUCUGCUCUAAAUAAGACAAAAGAUAUAUAUAUAAAAAUGACCAAAAAAAGUACACAAUGAAAAAAUAAAUACAAACCAAUGCAUGUUUAUCCAUGGAAUGCAGUGUUUUUAAGAACUAGGUUCCAGCUGUAAGCAGGCAUGCGUAAGAAACUUCAUUCACGGUCAAAACAGGGAUAUCAGCGGGACCGAAAAUGAACGUCAAACUCAACGGUUUUGCCUCCUGAAAGAGCAAACAGGGUCAGAAAAAGGACAAACUGCCACACGCCUGCAGACACGGACGCGGAAAGGCAGCACCACAGCUGAACAGACAGUGAUGCCAUUCAAUCAGGAAAAUCUUAAAUCUGUAGUGGAAAAGUGAUACGCUGUCCUUUUAGUCAAACAAACACACAAAAUGUAAAGCAACAGAUUCUCUGUUAUGUAGAAAAGAACUCUCUAAGAACAAAAACAGGCUGUAAUAUCAUGUUCAUAGCUAAAUAUAUAUAUUACAAAAACAAAAGGACAGCAUCUGGUUUUAUGUUGGCACUGACGGCCAGUGUACAUUUAUCCAUCCUUGCAUCUAAGCAAUGAAAAAUGCAACAGUGGUGGAAAAUUCACUUUAGGAGACGGUGUUUUGUAAAGUAAAGAAGAUGGUGGAGGUAGAGAUGGAGCAAAAACCAAAGAAACAUGGCAGCAGAAGUCUAGACUUUCUGUCUUUGCUGCCCUCUGGUGGUCAUUGAAUGGACCCACAACAUUUCAACACUUCAAAUGCAAACCGACUUUUAAAUGACAACCGGGAAAACCCAAUAAUCAAACUGUUCAAAGCCACAAGCUUUCUGAUAAGGAAACGCUUUGAAGGACCACACAUCUGCACCUCUUUCUAAUGGCAUCUUCCAUUUACAUUUAUUUUUUGUUAUCAAAUAAUAAAAGAAUUGUUAUAAAGA